AUGGAUGGUGAACAAUUAGAAACAGAUCCCCUCACGGCACCAUUGGGUGGAAGGAAUGAAGAUGAGGACAUACCGGUGGAAGGAACCGACAAGGAGGGCGAUAACGACUGCGGCCCGGCAUUUUUUGAGGAAGAGGAAGAGUGUGCACAGCUUCUCGCGCGCGUACACGAAGCAUGGAGGAAUGAAUCCAAACUCGAGGCACCACCGCAUGCGGAUGAAGGGGGAAAGACGUGGAAUAAAACACUUCCCACCGCUGCUGAGGAUCCGCAGGGUGUUGCAGUUGCAUUGGAACGUUUUGAACGCAUCAUAUCUGUAUAUCAAGAAUCCCCACAUUUGCUGCACAGCUACCUCGAGGAACUUCUUGGGCCACUUAUGGUACUGUUGCAAGAUUUGCUUACUGGGGCAGCAACCAUCUGGCGCGCAGAGCAGAGGACGGAAGUUUGUACUGGUCCUCAGGCGGUAGGUGGUGAAGUGGUUUCACAUGGUUUGGGUAGAAACUAUGAUGAAUACGACGCGGAUGCACCAAAGAGCUUCAUACAUCAUGUUUGUCGUGCCAUCUACGUAGUGGUUAAAACGGCUGGGGAGAAGUGUUGCACAUCUUAUUUUUCCAAUGAUGUGAGAUUGUAUGAAGAUGUCUUUUACGCACUGCGAUGGUGGCAAGAGAGCGGUGAGGCACAACGGGAGUGGGAGGUACGCUACUGUUUGCUUCUCUGGCUAUCUAACCUUGUACUUGUGCCCUUUUCCCUUACCAUAAUCGACUCUUCCACCAGUGGCAGUGGCUCCCUUUCCGAUACGGUGCUGCAAACUGCUGUGGCGUUCCUGAGGGACACAUCGAAGUGUCGGGAGGGGGCUGCACUUCUCGUGGCGCGUUUAUUGACCCGACCGGAUAGUGAAGAUCACCGUGUUUAUUUUUUUGCUUACGCACAAAAGGUUGUAGCGGAUCCCGCUAGUACCAACCUCCUCGUACACGGUGUUUUACUGGCACUAGCGAAGACCAUGAAACUUGGGCAGCGAGGUGAGUUGGCUCCACAUGCACCACAGCUUAUUCCUAGCGUGACAGCUGUUUUCUCUAGAAGUGGGAGUGACACACUGCUGUGCAAGGCGGCGGUAAAGGUUGUGCAGAGGCUCGCGCUUUCCUUGCUUAGGAGUCGAUCUGCACCGUGGAAAUAUUACAGGCAUGUGGCUUCCCUAUAUCAAAACCUGAGCGGCUCAGACGGCCAUGAGGCGACCGGUGGUAACAAGAAUGAUGAGGUGAAUAAUAAUAAUAUGAUUCAUAGCAAUGAGGAGGAAGGCGGGGAGGGAUGUGAAGAGGACGAUUACUUGCCUGAGGAUUGUGGUUUGGAGGAAGCAAUAGGAUUGCUGCUGGAUGCAGUGGGCCAUAAGGACACGGUGGUGCGCUGGAGCGCUGCGAAGGGCAUUGCGCGUGUUUGUGGGCGGCUCCCUCGUGCGAUGGCGGGGGAUGUCGUUGACGCACUCCUCGAUGUGUUUAGCAACGAAAAUUCGGAUAGUGGUUGGCACGGAGGACUGCUGGCUUUGGCGGAACUCUGCCGCCGGAGCCUUCUUCCUGUCCAGAGGCUCGCAAUGGUAGUUCAGUUUGCAACGAGAGGAUUAGCGUUUGACUUGAGCAAAGGGACGUAUAGCGUAGGGUCACACGUACGGGAUGCCGCGUGCUACGUCUGCUGGUCAAUUGCCCGCGCGUACAAUGCGGUUGAUAUCGAGGAGCAUGUACACAAACUGAGCACCUGCCUUGUUGUCACCUCCCUCUUUGACAGGGAAGUUCAUGUGCGGCGUGCGGCGGCGGCGGCUUUUCAGGAAUCUGUUGGCAGGUUAGGUAACUUCCCUGAUGGUAUUCGUCUGGUCACGACAAUGGACUUCUUUUCCCUCGCCUCAUUGCAGAAUGCCUACCUUCAUGUUGCACCGAUCGUUGCGGAAAACGCGUCAUAUAGAGGCCGGAUGCUCGAGGAGCUGGUGGCCGUUAAGCUUUUGCACUGGGACCGACGUGUACGGUGUUUUGCCUCACAGGCACUCGGCCAGAUUGGCGUCUUGGAGAGCCGAACAACUCUGGACGAGGUAACGCUGCAACUUCUGGGCCGGGUUACAAACGACACGGUGGCCAUUCGGCACGGUGCUAUCCUCGGCAUAGCGGAACUCGUCAACCACUUGGAUGUGCAUUCAUGGUCAAAGGAACUUAUUUGUCAAAUUGCGGGAAUCAUACCGCGGCUGGAUGCAGCGCGUUUGUUUCGUUCUCGUGGAGGUGAAUAUGUUCGACAAGCGUGCUGUCACCUGCUUGCGGCCGCUUCUCGUCGACAUAUGCCGCUGCCCGAAACCGUUGAGGUGCAGAAGAUGGGUGGAAUGGUUGGACGUGCUAAUACUUUGGCAAAAAUGCAAGAGUUCUUUGAGGACACGUGGAAACAAAUACUAGAAUGGCUACAGUUUGAUGCCGUGAAUGCGUAUGAAGAGUUUGCAGCAGCGUACUACACUGUGUUUGCCAACCCUUUCCAUCAUCAGGUACUGCACAAAAUGUUGAGCGGAUGUGAAGAAGGCCGCAACCCGAUGGAGCGCCGUGGUAACAUCCUUGCCACCGGAGCAUUGCCAUGGUCGGUGAUAUCUAAACACUCGAACCAACCAAAGGGGGAUGAUGAUGGCGUAGACGAAAGUGAAAAGGCUUAUUUUAUGAUGAUACUGAAAACAGCUAUGGGUGCUACCAAGUUAGAAAAGUGCAAGGAGAUGCAAGAUGCUGAAUCCCGAAGGAAUGCUGUUCGUUCCCUGCGCACAACUUUGACGCGCAUCCCUGAGGGAACCCCUCAGAUGACCGUAGGUCUUUACGAGUCUGUUGUGCAGCAUAUCGUUGCCACACUGGAUGAUUAUGCGGCGGAUCGGCGUGGUGACGUGGGGUCGUUUGUGCGACAGGAGGCUAUUGGAUCUCUUCCUGCUGUUGUGGAGUAUGGGUUGAAAGUGAAGUGUUGCUCCAGUGCGUUGGUGGUGCGUGUAAUACAGGCACUGCUAAAGCAGGCUAUGGAGAAGUUGGAUCGGUUGCGUGGGCGGGCUGUUGAGGCAUUACAACAAAUUGUAUUUCUUCCAGGUGCGCUACCAAGCGAGGGCGGCAACAACACGGGGCUUACGCAUAUGGACAAGCAGGGCACAUUUAUUAGCGAAGAAGCGAACAGCGCUAUGAGGAACAGUGAAAUGAUUUUAGCUGAAGAGGGGGAAAAUUUACUUAACGACACUAGCGUAUUGGCCAAAGUGGUAACAAUGGAUCCCGCAGCAGACAAGUGCUCACCACAAAACGUUUUUACGGCUGUGGGACGCCCGUUACUUCUUACACGACUGUUUGCAUCAUGUGUGGUCGAGGGUCUGGUUGUUUCCGCUGGAUCCCUCUCUGUGCACAUUAUGCAACCAGCUGUUGACGCACUUCUGCAUGCCUUCAGGGCAUCGACAGAGGAAAGUGUCUAUCUUUCAUGGGUGUUAAUUACGGUUGCUGCAAAACAUGCGCACAACGAACGUGUUGUUGUGCCGCUUUGCGUUACCGUGAGCCGCCUCAUCAACGCAUGUGUCUUCGAUGAAGAUCGUCAUAUAGAUGUGGUGGAGAUACUAAGGAGUGAAUUGAAGUUUUUCGCCACGAACAUCCACGCACUGCUCCCACUUAUUGGUGUGCUUGGGGACCUCUGUCGUAGUCCUGUUACUGCCGCGCGGCACGCCGCCUGGGGGCUAAGUCUUGUGAUGCUCGCUAGCCGUUACCCGAAGGUCCGCGCUCGUAUGGGGACUGACAUGUACACUUCUCUCCUCGUACUUUCUGCAGCGGAUACGACCCUCAAUCUUGAUAGGGCCAUACAGCAGCUCACUGCGACACCGUGGGAUGGAAACGAUGCCACCAAAGUGCGUAGUGCAAGGGAUGAACUGUACGGUGCACUCGGUAUCGAAAAACCCUCAAAAGAUGCUGCGACAGGCGAUGCGGUGGAACAUGAAAAGAAAAAAACAGCUCGAAUGGUAGCCAGUUCAUACCUUCAUCUCGUACAUGAGGCAGGGUACUGA